AUGGCAAUAUUUUAUUUCCCAUCUAUUUCAUUGCAACUAAUUGUCUUAUGUGGACUAAUAACGAUCCGUGGCAUACUAUGCUGCCCGGUUGGAUGCCAAUGUCAGCCAAGUACAUCUUGGUGGUGUCAUAAUGUUAACAUCAGUAGCAUUGCUCAGGCUGUCAAUACUAGCCAUGUUACCAGAUUUAAUCUAUUUCUACAGUGCCGUCAGGAUAGUAAUAGUCUCGAGCAUAAGGCGAAUACUGUCGUUUGUACCUGUGAUGGAGGGUUCAAAGAGUCUGCAGACAUGGACUCCUUAGAACAGGACAGUAUUCGUGAAAAUAUCUUUGACAAUUUUGUUGGUAAUGAAAGAAAAUAUCCGCAAAGCCCUCUUAACAAUUUCAUUAGAUAUCAAACAAAGUUAUUAAAUUUGCAGUGUCCACAAAAUUUCUUUCACGAUCUCAUUAAGAAACAAUACGGAAUCUAUUUUAGAAACAUAGCUCUUGCAAUUGCCGUCCAAAGUUUAAAAAUUCCAUAA